ACCCAAUAGGAGCAUCCUAACUAACAUUUGCUUUACAGAUCAAACCCACAAAGGCCAUAGCAUCCCCACUUCAACUUUACUAUCCAAUUAAUAGCAAUAUAACAAAAAGAAAGUUGACAUCUUUACUUUCCUAUAAUAUAACAACAAAAUAAUGUCAUAUUCUUUCCUUCUUGCUGCUUCAAUUCCAUACUUAUAUCACCUAUCCAACUUCUACCCUUUUCUUUUUCUCCUCUAAAUUAUACAAAUACUGCACUUUCCUUUGUUUUCUCUUCAAUGGCAACUCUUGGGGACAUUGGGGUAUCAGCAUUCAUAAACAUAGUGAGUGCUUUUGCAUUCUUGCUAGCUUUUGCUUUGUUGAGAAUUCAACCAGUCAAUUACAGAGUUUACUUCCCAAAACGGUAUAUUUCCGGAGAAAGAAGCAGUCCAAGAACAAGAGGAAACUCUGUUGGUAAAUUUGUUAAUCUUAAUUUUAAGACUUACUUGACUUUCUUGAACUGGAUGCCUCAAGCCAUGAGAAUGAGUGAGUCUCAGAUUAUCAAUCAUGCUGGCCUUGACUCUGCUAUUUUCUUGAGGAUUUACACUCUUGGCUUGAAGAUUUUUAUACCUAUAACGGUCCUGGCACUCCUAAUACUUAUUCCAGUCAAUGUAUCAAGUGGAACUCUCUUCUUUUUAAGGAAAGAAUUGGUUUUGAGUGACAUUGAUAAGCUUUCAAUAUCAAAUGUCCGUCCUAAAUCCAUAAGAUUUUUUGUUCACAUAGCCUUGCAAUACUUGUUCACGAUAUGGACAUGCUUCUUGCUCUACAAGGAAUAUGAUAUUGUAGCAUCAAUGAGGUUGCGUUUCUUGGCUUCACAAGGCAGGCAUGCAGAACAGUUCACAGUAGUGGUGAGGAAUGUCCCACAUGUUUCUGGUCAGUCAAAAUCAGACACGGUGGAGCAAUUUUUUAAAACAAACCACCCAAAUACUUACCUUUGUCAUCAGGCAGUUUAUAAUGCGAAUAAAUUUGCAAAACUUGUGAGGAAAAGGGAUAGGCUCAGAAAUUGGCUGGAUUAUAACCAGCUUAAGUUUGAAAGGCAUCCAGACAAGAGGCCCACCCGAAAGGGAGGAUUUUUGAGACUUUGGGGUGAAAGAGUUGAUUCCAUUGAUUAUUACAAACAACAAAUUCAAGAACUGGAAAAAAGGAUGGCUAUGGAGCGCCAGAAAAUUCUCAAAGACCCUAAAUCUAUGUUGUCAGUUGCUUUUGUUUCAUUUAAUUCACGUUGGGGGGCUGCUAUUUGUGCACAAACACAGCAAAGCAACAACCCAACACUAUGGUUGACGAACUGGGCACCAGAACCUCGUGAUAUUUAUUGGCGAAAUUUGGCUAUACCAUUUGUUUCAUUAAGCAUCCGGAAGCUUAUAAUAUCUUUAUCAGUGUUUGCUUUGGUGUUCUUCUACAUGAUACCCAUUGCUUUUGUGCAAUCCCUUGCAAAUUUAGAGGGUCUUGAAAAAGUUGCUCCUUUCCUCAGGCCUGUAAUAGAAUUGGAAUUCAUCAAGUCAUUUCUACAGGGUUUUCUUCCUGGUCUGGCACUUAAAAUCUUUUUGUACAUUCUGCCUACAAUUCUGAUGAUAAUGUCAAAAAUUGAGGGAUACAUUGCGGUUUCAACUCUAGAACGCAGAGCAGCAGCAAAAUAUUAUUACUUCAUGCUGGUGAAUGUAUUCUUGGGAAGCAUCAUAACUGGCACAGCCUUUCAGCAGCUUCAUUCUUUCCUUCACCAAUCGCCAACCCAGAUUCCGAGAACAAUUGGAGUUUCAAUACCAAUGAAGGCUACUUUUUUUAUUACAUAUAUAAUGGUUGAUGGGUGGGCUGGUAUUGCUGGUGAGAUCCUCCGAUUGAAACCAUUGGUCAUAUUUCAUCUUAAGAACAUGUUUUUGGUUAAAACUGAGAGGGAUAGAGAGAAGGCCAUGGAUCCUGGCAGUGUGGACUUCCCCGAGACUCUUCCUAGCCUCCAACUGUACUUCCUUUUGGGGAUUGUCUAUGCAGUGGUUACUCCAAUCCUGCUUCCGUUUAUACUAGUGUUCUUUGCCUUAGCAUACUUGGUUUACCGCCAUCAGGUAAUUAAUGUCUACAACCAACAAUAUGAGAGUGCUGGUGCGUUCUGGCCUCAUGUUCACAGCCGCAUAAUAGCAAGUCUAUUGAUAUCUCAACUUCUAUUGAUGGGUUUGCUGAGUACGAAAGAGGCUGCUAAUUCCACUCCUUUGCUGGUUAUCUUGCCCAUAUUGACAUUGGCCUUCCACAAAUACUGCAAGAAUCGCUUUGAACCUGCAUUUAGAAAGUAUCCACUAGAAGAAGCCAUGGCCAAAGACAUCACAGACCAGACAGCAGAACCUGAUCUGAACUUAAAAUCAUGCUUGGCCGAUGCAUACUUGCACCCCAUUUUCCAUUCAUUCGAGGAAGAAGAGUUAGUUGAGGUCAAAGUAGAUAAAUGCCACAGAGUAGAUAAAUGCCAGACACAUGUUGCCGAUACUCAAGCUAGCCAACUUAGCUCCCCCUCGCCACCACAUCAAGUCCAUCAUCCUUCUUCCCCGCCACAUGCGUAUCAGCCUCCGCCUCCACAAUAUGUAUAUCAUUCUUCGUCUUCACCUCAACAUGUCUAUCAUCCAUCUUUCCCACCACAUGUAUAUCACUCUCCUCCGCCGCAACAUGUCUAUCAUCCUUCAUCUCCGCCUCACUACAUUUAUCACUACUCUCCACCCCAUUAUCCCUAUAAUUAUGACAAUGAGCCCUGAACAGAGGUAUUGAUCUCCACAGAAGAAUUGCUAACCAUUUUUUGCUGCUUACACUGUUCAUUGAGAUAGCAUCCAUUUCACUUGUAAAUUAUGAAUGUAUUUUCCUUUUCUAGUGUACAUGGAUUCUCUACCAUGCAUCUUUGAUUGCUACUGCUAGUUGGUAAUGUACUUGUAUCACGAUCUAAAGUUUUCCACCUUGUACUUAUGCAUCAUUAGUUCUAUGGAAUUGCUAAGUAAAGCGUUUGCUUUUUCAUCACAAA